AUGUCGGACCGCGUAGCACAAAUCGCAUCUCACCUCAACUACCCCAAGGGUAUGCUCGCCGGCCAAGUGGCCAUCAUCACCGGCAGCGGACAGGGAAUCGGCGCCGAGGCGGCACGACUCUUUGCCAACGAGGGCGCAAAGGUUAUCGUUUCCGACAUUGACGGCAAAAAGGCACAAGAGGUCGCAGACAGCAUCAAUGCCGCAGGCGGUAAAGCCAUCAGCGUCCCCGGCGAUAUGCUGUCUGCAGACUACAUCACCACCCUCGUCGCCAAGGCAGCAGACUUUGGCGGGGGCAAGAUCCACCACAUUGUCAACAACGCCGGCUACACCUGGGACGGCGUCAUCCACAAGAUGACGGACAAGCAGUGGGACACCAUCAUCGCACUGCACUCGACAGCGCCCUUCCGCCUCGUGCGCGCCGCGGCCCCCUACUUCCGUGUCAAGGACGGCGAGAACCGCUGCGUCGUCAACAUCAGCUCCACCUCGGGCGUCCACGGCAACGCGGGCCAGGCAAAUUACGCCAUGGCCAAGGCCGGCGUCACGGGCCUGACAAAGACGAUUGCCAAGGAAUGGGGGCCCGCGUUCGGCGUGCGCGCCAAUACCGUCGCCUUUGGGCACAUCAAGACACGGUUGACGGAUGCGAAGGAGAAGGGCGCCUUUAUUACCGGGCCGGACGGCGAGAAGAUCGCGCUGGGGAUCCCCCAGGCGCAGAAGGGGGCUAACCAGGACGCGCACGCUGAUAUUCCGCUGCGUAGGCCCGGGACGCCGACUGAGGCGGCCUCGGCGGUGCUUGCUGUCGUUAGUCCGCUGUUCAGCUACGUGAGUGGUCAGACGAUCAUGGUCACGGGUGGUCGCAACAUGUAA